AUUCCUUCAUGUAGUUAUAUUCAACCAUAUUCCAUUUCUCAACCCAUUCCUCUCAUUGUGUAACAUUCUUUAUUUUGUGACGAAUUCAACAUUGUGUUGAUUCAUUCAUAAUCUACUCUUCCAUAGGCACAAAAAUAACUAACAAGAGUGAGAGAGAGUAAUGGCAGAGAUAGCCAAUUAUAGAGUGGACAAUAACUUGGGUUGUGGUUUUAUGGGAGGGAUUUUCCAGCGCUGGAACCACUGGACAAGAAAAUCCCAUGUACAUUCACUGCCUUCUAGUGGUACUAAAACACGGCCACCAAGUUCCGAAAACCCGGAGAAGGCUCCAAGUCAGAGUUCCAGGAGGAGAAGAAGCAGCUCUGCAGAGCCUGCCAUUCCACAAAACUCAAACUCAGCUAAACCUCUUCCAAAGUCAGACCAAAAUCCCACCAGAAAUCUUCCCGCGGAUCAUCCUAGGACUUCGACUUCUCAGCGAAAAAUUCAAGGAGUUCGGAGACUUUCAGAUGCUGCAAGAAGCUCGACGUCAUCCUCCAAUGGCUCAGGCCAAAACCAUGACUCAGGAGAAGAGAGAAAGCUGAGAAGGGAAUCGACACCGAACUCUCUCGAGUUGAGCAGGAUUGUCGCCCAGCACGACAGCAAAGUUCUAGCAAAAGCUUCUUCUACUAGUGCUAUUGUUUUAGGACAUGUGGGAAACUUGAAGCAGUCAGGAAGCAGGAGUUCUCUGGCGAGCAAUAGUCCUAGUUCUGCGUCUAGAGCUAUUUUGGCCCUUUCUAGGAACCUUCAAGAGAUGAACUCCUUGCCCCGAAAGAAUGGUUUUGGAGGUGGGAAUAACACUAGUAUGGGAAACAUUGUGAGGAGGAAUAGUUGGAGUGAUCAUUUUCGGGGUGUUUCGAGUAAGUUAGACCCCGAAGCGUUGAAGAGGAUGGGAAAUGAGGCCUACAAGCAGGGCAGGUUCAAGGAGGCUUUGGAUUUUUAUGAUCGAGCAAUUGCUUUGGAUUCAAACAAGGCAGUCUAUCACAGCAACAAGAGUGCUGCUUUGAUUGGCUUAGACCGUCUUGUAGAAGCAGUUUUCGAAAGUAAAGAGGCUAUAAGGAUUGAGCCUUCCUAUCAAAGAGCUCAUCAUCGGUUGGCAACAUUGUAUAUCAGAUUGGGAGAGGCUGAGAAAGCUUUGCAUCACUACAAGCACUCUGGUUCCUACUCUAACUCAAAGGAAGUUGACAAAGCUCAGGCACUUAAAAAAUGCCUUGUCAAAUGCAAUGAAGCUCAGAAACAACAAAAGUGGAAUGCUUUGCUAACAGAGACCCAAUUCACGAUGUCGUCUGGCGCCAAUUCGGCUCCAUUGGUGUUUGCUCUACAAGCUGAGGCCUUGCUGAAGCUCCUGAGACAUGAGGAGGCAUACACAACCUACCAAAAGGGACCCAAUUUCAGCAUUGAUCUUUGCAUCAACUUCUUUGGCAUGGCUUAUAGUGCUUAUCUUUUGAUGAUUAGAUCCCAUGUUUACUUGGCUGCUGGCAGGUUUGAGGAUGCUGUUGCGGCAGCUCAACAAGCUGCAAAACUUGAUCCAAACAACUUUGAGAUCAGCAUGGCGGUAAAGAGAGCUAGAGCCAUUUCGUCGGCGCGAUCAAAUGGUAACCUUCUCUUCAAGGCAGAGAAGUUCUCGCAAGCAUGUGUUGUGUACGGCCACGGACUAGAGCAUGAUCCGCACAACUCGGUCUUACUAUGCAACCGAGCGGCUUGUCGAUCUAAGCUCGGUCAAUUCGAAAAGGCCAUUGAAGAUUGCACCGCAGCUCUUAAUGUGCAGCCUUCUUACAGCAAGGCCAGACUACGCAGGGCGGAUUGUAAUGCCAAGGUAAGCCAAUUAUAUCUUGGCAGUUUCUAG